AUGGGAGAUCUUAUGAAAAUACAAUUCAGCAUCCUAAAUUUAUCUAGAAAGAAAUUUUUGGAAUGGAAAGUGGAUGCCAUGAUGAAUUUAAAAGCUCAAGGGUUGGAGCACACUGUUAAAAAUAAUAAAAGUCCUUCUGGUCAAACAACUGAUGCUACCACUUCUGCAAUGACGGUUGUAAAACCUGUAAUUGAACAAGAAAAGGCAAAAGCCUUAGUGUUACUAAGACAUCAUUUACAUGAAGGCCUUAAAACUGAGUACAUGAUGGUUGAAGAUCCCAAGGAAUUAUGGGAUUGCCUUAAUGAAAGAUUUGGACACCACAAAAGGGUGCUCCUUCCUAAUGCAUUAUUUGAUUGGACAAAUUUACGGUUCCAGGAUUUCAAAUCUGUAAUUGAUUACAAUUCAACCAUACAUGAGAUAGUAUCUAUAUUGAGAUACUGUGAUCAUCCAGUCACUGAUGAACAGAUGAUUGAAAAAACACUCACUACCUUUCAUGCAAGCAACAUAUGGUUGCAGGAACAAUAUCGUGAAAGAGUUUCAAAAGGUUUAAUGAAUUAA